GUGAAUGAGAAACAAAAUAGGGAUUCUUUUACCCAUCUGUUUGUAGAAACCAUUGAUUAAAUAAAAAUGUGCAUGAAAUGUACUUUCUGCCCUGUGACUUCAUAGGAAUGAACACGCGACAGAGCUCAGAUAGCUGAGCAAUGGGCUCCCUGGUUACCAAACCCAACUUCUCUGUUCUCUCAUAAUGGUUCAAGCUACGGAUGCCGACCAGGGGGAGAACGGCCGAGUUCUGUACAGGAUCCUCACCGGGAACAGCAACAAUCUGUUCAGCAUAGACAAUCAGACUGGACUGGUGACCAGAGGCUUCAGGGCACUGGACAGAGAAACCAGCAGCUCCCAUGUGCUGGAAGUGGUGGCCUACAACAGUGAUGAGGGCAGCAUGAGGAGCUCCGUGAGGGUGAUCAUAUAUGUGGACGAUGCCAAUGACGAGAUGCCAGUGUUUACCCAGCAACAAUACAACCGUCUGGGCCUGAGGGAGACCGCUGGCAUUGGCACCUCCGUGAUUGUGGUGCGUGCCACAGACCCUGACACUGGUGAUGGUGGAGCUGUUGCUUACGCCCUCGUGUCCGGCUCGGACCGCAAGUUUGUUGUGGACGUGAGCACUGGCCUGGUCACCACUGUGGACUACCUGGACUACGAGACCAAGACCACCUAUUUGAUGAAUGUCUCGGCUACUGACCAGGCACCCCCGUUCCACCAAGGUUUCUGCACGGUCUAUGUCACGCUGCUCAAUGAGCUGGACGAGGCCGUGGCCUUCUUCUCCGCCGGUUACGAGGCUUUGCUUCGCGAGAACGUCGCCACAGGGACAGAGGUAGUCCAGGUGCAGGCCCAGUCAGCCGACAACUUGAAUCAGUUGACUUACCGCUUCGACCCUGACACGUCGCCUGCAGCUCUGGCCCUCUUCAAGAUAGACAGCAUCACGGGCCGCAUCACUGUGACAGGCCAGCUGGACAGAGAGAAGGGGGAUAUGUACACCUUGACUGUUGUAGCUGAUGAUGGAGGACCUAAAAAAGACUCCACCGUGAAGGUUUCAAUCACCAUUCUGGAUGAAAAUGACAACAGUCCAGAGUUUGACAUCACAUCAGAUACUUCAGUUGACGUCCUGGAGAACACACCCAUGGGGAAAAAAGUGGCAAUGGUGCUGGCAAGGGACAAAGAUGCUGGAUUAAACGGACUGAUCAAUUUCACUCUGGUAGCAGGCAACAUGGAGGAUGUGUUCAAGAUCAAGACAGUGAACCACACCUACGGGGAUGUUUUUGUCAAUGCUGCUCUGAACAGAGAGUCAGUAGACCGCUACCUACUGAAGGUGCGUGCCAUUGACAAUGGCUCACCUCCCAGAUACACAGACCACUCCCUCACCAUCAACAUCCUGGAUGUCAAUGACAACGCACCUGUUAUUGAAAGCCAGAGGGGCUACAACGUCAGCAUAAGUGAGAAUGUCGGAGGAGGUACGUCUGUCCUCCGCGUAAUAGCGACCGACGAAGACAUCGGUCCCAACGCCAUGCUGUUCUACUACAUCACUGCUGGAAACCAGGACCUGACCUUCCGCAUGGACCGCGUGACAGGAGAGAUGGUGACACGGCCCGCCCCUCCCGACCGAGAGCGCCAGCAGGAGUAUCAACUCACUGUCACUGUGGAAGAUGACGGCACACCGCCUCUGUCGACCUCAACCACCAUCUACGUUCACAUCGUGGAUGAGAACGACAACGCCCCAGAGUUUCCCGAGGAGGAGUAUGUCACGGUGUUGAGCGAGGGACCAGACACAGUGGGUGCCACCAUCGCCACAGUAACAGCCAUCGACCCAGAUGAGGGUCUAAACGGCACCCUGCGAUACGCCAUCACUCAAGGAAACCUGAUCCAGACCUUUCAUAUCAACAGCUUCACGGGGAGAAUUACAGCUGUGAAGGAGCUGGACUACGAGAUCAGCAAAGGAAACUAUGCGCUGGUCGUCACUGCUACGGACCAGAGUCCUCAGCCUGCUCUUCGCUUGACAUCCAGCACAACUGUGCUGGUAAAUGUCCUUGAUGUGAACGAUGUAACACCCACUUUUCCCAGAGCCUUUGAGGGACCCUUCGAAGUGACUGAGGGCCAGCCAGGACCUCGGGUCUGGACUCUCAGAGCCAGUGAUGAAGACUCUGGGCUUAACGGCAAAGUGGAGUACAGUAUCACCAGUGGAGAUCUCCAGAAUGAGUUCAUGGUUUCUCCAGUGGAGGGCGAGCUGCGGGUGAGGAAGGACGUCGAGCUGGACAGAGAAACAACAGGCUUCUACAACAUCACUGUCACAGCCAGAGACCUGGGCAGCCCAUCUCGCAACAGCUCGGUGGUGGUGGGGGUCAACGUCCGAGACAUCAACGACAACGACCCAGUCCUCCUGAACCUACCUUACAACACCAGCGUGAGUGAAGGCGCCAGCAUACACACCUCUGUGGCCAGGGUCCGAGCACGAGAUGCAGACAGCGGACGCAACGCCCUGCUAACGUACAACAUCACCGCCGGCAACCAGGACGGAGCCUUCUACAUCAACGACACGACAGGUGUGGUGCAGGUGAACAGACCGCUGGACAGAGAGCGAGUGGCUGAGUACACACUCACCAUCACCGUCAAAGACAACCCUGAGAACCCCCGCAUCGCUCGCAGGGAUUCAGACCUCUUAGUGAUCACCAUUCUGGAUGAGAACGACAACCGGCCGAUAUUCACCAGGACCAGCUACAGGGCAGAGAUCACAGAGAACUCUGAAGCAGGUGCUACUGUAACAGUGUUAAAUGGGCCUGUUCUGGCUGAGGAUAAAGACAUUGGACCCAAUGCUGUGGUGAAGUACCGCCUGCUGGGAGCCAGGGUGGACCUCUUUACUGUGGACGCCAAUUCUGGUGUGAUACGUGUGCGUCAGGGGGCGAAGUUGGACCGCGAGGCGUUUCAGGAGCCUCGGGUUGAGCUGUUCCUGGUUGGGGAGGACAUAGGAAGAUUAAACAGCAGUGUCCCUCUCACAGUUACCAUCCUGGACCAGAAUGACAACCCUCCUGUCUUCAGCCCUUCCAGCUUCAGCGUGCGACUCCCUGAGAACAGCCCCUCCGGUGUGGUGGUGACUCAGCUGUCCGCCACCGACGCUGACUCUGGCUCUAAUGGCUGGCUGAUGUAUCGGCUGGUUAGCGGCGCUCAGGACCGCUUCGUGGUCGACCCGCUCUCCGGCGCGGUCCUGGUGGGCAACACCACCCUUGAUAGAGAAGAGCGCGGGUCCUACCACCUGGUCGUCAUGGCGACUGAUCGUGGCACACCCCCCAUGUCGGGCACAGCCACCCUGACAGUCAUUCUGGAUGACGUCAACGACUCACGGCCCCGUUUUAUAGAGCCAGUCACCAUGAUAAAUGUCAACGAGUCCACCCCACCGGGUGUGGUGGUGGCCACGCUGACCGCCGAGGACCCUGAUCUGCAUCCCCGGCUGGAGUAUUACAUCAUCUCAGUGGAGGCAAAGGAUGAUGGGAACAACCCAGUGGAUGGGAUGCAGGAGUCCUUUGGCAUUGAUCUACACACAGGUGCCGUGUUUGUACACAACCCGCUCAACAGGGAGCUGGUCGCUACAUUUGAGAUCAUUGUGUCCGUCCAUGACAACGCCAGUGAAGUUAUUGACAAGUCAGGAAGUGUUCCCAACGCGAGACUAACCAUAAACGUGUUGGACGUAAAUGACAAUGCCCCUCGUUUCCGGCCCUUCGGAGUGUCCAACUUCACAGAGAAGAUUUUAGAAGGAGCUCGGCCAGGCACAACACUGCUAUCAGUAUCAGCUGUAGACCCCGAUAAGGGUCCCAACGGCCAGGUCAUCUACCAGCUGCUCCACCUGCCCCGGGGGGGAUACGUUAGAUUGGAGGACCCUUCCACUGGUAAGAUUGUAGCCAACCAGACGGUGGAUUUCGAGCAGGUGCAGUGGCUGAAUUUCACGAUUCGGGCGCAGGACCAUGGCUCUCCUCCCAGAAUAGCUGAGCUGCCAGUUUAUCUGCGGAUAGUGGACGUGAAUGACAACAACCCAGUCUUCCUACAACCCUCAUACCAGGAGCCCGUGUUCGAGAACGUGGACCUGGGCACCAUCAUAGUUCGUGUUAAGGCUACAGAUGCUGACUCUGGCCUCUUUGCUGUCAUUGAGUACAGCCUGGUGGACGGGGAGGGCAAGUUUGGCAUCAAACCAUCCACUGGAGAGAUCUACAUCCUUUCUCCUCUGGACAGGGAGACAAAGGAUCACUACACUUUAACCGCUGUUGCCCGUGACAACCCUGGUGGCAGCUCCAACAACAGACGAGAGAACUCUAUCCAGGUUCUGGUGACCGUCCUUGAUGUCAACGAUUAUCGACCCCGCUUUACGGAGCGAGUGUUCAGCACCAGCGUGUUUGAGAAUGAGCCCAGUGGAACGUCUGUGAUCACAGUGAAGGCCAACGACCUGGAUGAAGGAGAAAAUGGAGCGGUACUCUACAGAAUACUGGGACUCCAUUCGGAUGCGUUCUCCCUGGAUCCAAACACAGGGCUGGUGCGUUCUCGCCGCCUGCUUCAGUCCUCUGAAAAUUUCAACCUGACUGUGGUGGCUACAGACCAGGGGCGUCCUCCCCUGUGGAGCACUGCAGACCUGAUCAUUACAGUCAUAGAUGUCAAUGACAACAGGCCGCUGUUUGUCAGGCCCGCCAAUGGAACCAUCAUUCAUAUCUCUGAGGAGCAGCCCCCGGGCCUGCCGGUGUAUGAGGUGCACGCGACAGACUCCGACGAGGGGGUGAAUGGAGAGGUCCGCUAUGGCUUCCUGCAGACUGGAGCGGGCAACAGAGACUGGGAGAACUUUCACAUCGACGCCAUGUCCGGAGUCAUCACCACUACUGUGAAACUGGACCGAGAAAAACAGGCCCUCCACAGCCUAAUCAUCGUGGCCCGCGACAUGGGCCAGCCAGUGCCUUACGAGACCACACAGCCUCUGCAGGUGGCGUUGUUGGACAUUGACGACAAUGAACCCGUCUUCCUUAAACCACCGCGUGGCAGCUUGCCUUACCAGAGGAUGGCAGUGCCAGAGCACUCCCGACCCGGUACUGUGGUGGGGAAUGUAACCAGAGCGGUGGACGCGGACGAGGGCUCCAAUGCCAUUGUCUACUACUUCAUUGCAGGAGGAAACAGUGAUGGAAACUUCGGCUUGGGUCUAGAUGGAGAGCUGAAGUUGCUUAAGGAUCUGGACCGUGAGGAGAUCCCGGUCUACUCAAUUAUCAUCAAGGCUUCCAGCAACAGGAGCUGGACUCUUUCCAGGGGUCAGAAGGCAGCACGGGCCAAAGCCUUGGACCCUGCCAGUGACCCCAGCCUGCUGGAAGUCCGCAUUGUAUUGGAAGACAUCAAUGACCAGAAACCCCGCUUCACUAAGGCGGAGUACACUGCAGGAGUUGCAGCAAAUGCCAAAGUGGGCUCGGAGCUAAUCAAGGUCGUGGCUAUAGAUAACGACAUCGGCAACAACAGCUUGGUUCAAUACCAUAUUGUUACAAUCCGCUAUUUCCAGUCACAGAGCAAUGGCAGUGAGGACGUUGGCAGCAUCUUCAUCAUCGGUUUGACGGAUGGUAUCAUCCGAACAUAUGACCUCUUCACCGCCUACAGCCCUGGCUACUUCCAGCUUGAGAUUUUGGCUUGCGAUUUGGUUGGUCACAGUACAACAACCAACGUGAACAUCUACAUUCUCCGGGGUGACCAGAGGGUCAAGAUAGUCUUCAAUGAGAUCCCUGAUUUGGUCCGCGAAAACCAAGAAGAUUUCGUCAACCUGCUUUCCAACAUUACUGGAGCCAUUGUCAACUUAGAUGAUAUACAGUUCCACGUGGACAAGAAGGGCAGGGUCAGUUAUGGUCAGACAGACAUGCUCAUCCACGUGGUCAACAAUCAGAGCAACACCAUCCUUGAUGUUGCAAGGGUAAUUCAGAUGAUAGAUGAGAACAAGGAGCAGCUGAGGAACCUGUUCAGGAAAUACACCGUCGUGGAUGUUCAGCCUGCUGUCAGUGACAAACUGCCGGACGACAUCACCACACUACAGCUAGUCAUCAUUAUCCUGGCUGUGCUGCUGUGCUUGGCAGGAAUUCUGUUUGUCACAAUGAACUGGCAUUAUCACAGAGUACACCAGAGGAAGCUGAAAGCCAUUGUUGCAGGAUCAACAGGGAACCAGGGUCUAAUGGAUAUCCUCGACAUGCCCAACACUAACAAGUACUCUUUUGAGGGAGCUAAUCCAGUGUGGCUGGACCCAUUCUGUCGCAACCUGGAGCUCGCUGCUCAGGCUGACCACGAGGACGACCUGCCGGAGAACCUGAGUGAGAUAACUGACCUGUGGAACAGCCCUGCACGCACUCAUGGCACGUUUGGUCGAGAGCCUCAAGCGAAGCCUGAGGAUGAUCGUUACUUGAGGGCAGCCAUUCAGGAGUACGACAACAUUGCUAAACUGGGCCAGAUUAUGAGGGAAGGGCCUAUCAAGGGUUCCCUGCUCAAUGUGGUCCUGGACGACUACCUGAGGCUGAAAAAGCUCUUUGCAGCUCGACUCGUCACAGUGUCCACCAGUCAGGGAGAUCACUCGUCAGUCACUGAGCUGAUCCAGAGUGAUAAGGACGAUGAUGAGGACGAGCAUCUGGUCAUGGGCGGAGGUCGCGGCACACUGCGCUUUAAGCACAAGCUUCCUGUGGAGUUGAAGGGUCCCGAGGGUGUGCACGUAGUCCACGGCAGCACAGGUACCCUCCUGACCUCUGACCUCAACAGCCUGCCAGAGGACGACCAGCGGGCCCUCGCACGUUCUCUGGAGGCCCUGAACGCUGACGGGUGCCUCUAUUCUGAGCGCAACUCCCGCACUGAGUCGGCCAAGUCCACCCCGAUGCACCGCCACAAGAACGGGGACACCCUGUCGGAGAGUCCCCUGGAGAUCACAGAGUUAUGACUAGCCGAGGCCUCGCUGGUCUGAGCGUGAGCGCGGCAAAGGUUCAUUCAAAUGCCCGUAGGAAAUGGAACAUCUUAAGCAAGGCACGUUUCUUCAUCGACUUUCAUCUAAAGAGCUAAGUGGAGAAGAGAGACUAAGCCUCCCUGUGGGAGAAGCUUGUUGAACCAUCACCUCAUUCUCAGUAACCCUUUUGCAGUUGAACCUGGACUGCAUACUCACACAAAUACACACAUUCCAAAAAAAUUAAGCUUGAAACACUCAGACCAGUGGCUGGACAUCGAUGGGACAUUGAGAAAACAACCUAAUUCCGGUUUUCGUGCGCUGAAUUUUUUUCUUUUUGCAAUACAAUGCUAUCAGUGUUUGAGUGAGGAUAGGACAGUACAACUUUUCUCUUUCAGAUAUUAGGUACAUUUUAUUGUUGGGAAAUUAUAGAUGGACAUUUAAUGCAGACAAGAGCACUUCAAAUAUUUCCCCCCAGUGAUGCUCACAGUGGAGUUUCACCUAUCACCAAAAUCAAGAGGGGCCUUGACCAUUCUGCAAUCGUUUCAGUACUAGAGUAGUUUGAAAAAAGUAUUUUUUGGGGGAUCCAUGGGGAAAAAGACAAAACACUCAAGUCUGCUGGACGGCAGUGAAUGUUGACCCUGCACUUCAUCUUUAGCGUGGAGUCGGUCAUGUACAAGGAGACGCUUCACUAAUGACUGAAAGAUUCCAAAAUCGAUGAUGGUGAAAGGAGGAUCAAACAUUGUACAAGACUGGAGCCACGCAAAGACCACUAAAAAUACUUUGAAUUGUGGAUGAAUUUAAUAUAAAAAGGCAGUCAAAAGAAAACCAUGGCAAGGACUUAAAUAAUAAAAAAGUGAAUUAUCCGAUUUUAUAAACCUAAAGAUGGCAUUGCGCACAGACUUUACACUGCCACCCGAGGGACUUGAGUCAUGCUCAAAAUGAGCAAUGUUUGCUUUAUUUUAUAGAAAAUGUGAUGGAAUUAAAAUAUUUUUAAAGAAAAUUGCUGGCUUACCAAAUUAGGUAGGGAAUCAUUUUGGAUGUUUGGAGUGUGUAUAUUGUGCUAUGGUGGACAUGACGUUCUUGUUUCCUUUGACAACAGACGCUGUUUGAGUGGUGUUUAUGUAUAUAUAAAUAUCCAUUUUGUACAUUUUUCUUUCUUUGUCAUUGUCACCAUUCCUGAGAUCUGUGUUGGGUGAUCUGUGAUAAUAAAAUAAAUAUGCAACAGCCCGUGACCUCGGCCAGUGGAUCAUUGGAGAACCUAAUGCAACAGAAUUAAUAUUAAAUUCAUUGAGAUUGAUAACCUUAAUUAAUGACCGUCCUCUCAUUCAGGUUGAACAAAGGCUUGACUUCUAUUCAAGACAAACCUAAAUGUAGAUAUUGCACCUGUGCAUCUUUUUAUGUAGGACUUCCCUAAACUACCUGAGGC